ACUGUUGCUGUCUCCGCGCGUCACGUGAUCACAUACAUUUAUCCUUAUAGUCAAUAUCACUAAACAUUUUUGGAAAUUUAUUGAAAUUCGUAUAGUUACGUUUGUAAAAAUACAUUGAUAGAUAUUUGUUUCUUAAAAGAGCAUUUCUUCGUAAAUUCAAUCUAAAUUGCCUGAGAUAAAAAUGAAUGUAAUAUUUUUUAUAAAAAUAAUUUUUGAUUUCUUGUUAACCAAAUUUUGAAAUUGUGGUUUUGUGUUUUUGUACUGUAUGUAUUUGCACUUGUAUCUGAAAGCAAAUCGAUUAAACCAUCAUUCGUAUAUAUUGUUACAAAAUUGAGUACUUACUUUUAUACGUAUGUAAUUCUUUGUCUAUUAAGAACGCACUGUUGAACUUUUAUGUUACAUAUAACAAAAAGGCCAGGACUACUUCGCUUAUGCUCUUGGACAUGUAUACUUUGCUAAAUAGAAAUGGAAGACUUUCAACUUGUGGUGUAGUUUGUGUGGCUGUCGCUGAGUAGUGAAGGGUUGAACGUCGAGGAGCCCGUACAGACCUGAAGGAUAAUGUCUUCAUCUUGUAACGAGAGCGAGGUGGAGGAGUGGGGCCACUUGCCAGGGGUGGAACCGUCCGUCUACUACAUCAUAGGUGCCUUGCUAGCCAUCGUGGGGAGUGUGGGAGUACUGGGCAACACGCUGGUUCUUUUAGUCUUUACAAGAUUCCGACGGUUACGUGGACCGUUUUCCGCGUUCAUCGUGAAUCUCGCAGUGGCAGACCUGUGCACCUCCUUGCUUCACUCCAUGGCGGUGGUCAGCUCCUUCAGUCAACGCUGGGUCUUCGGCAAGAUCGGAUGUCAACUGUACGCGGGAGGGGUCGGCCACUUCGGGCUUCUGUCAAUCGUCACCUUGGCCGCUAUCGCCGUAGAGCGCUACAUGGUCAUCACCAGCAAGCCGCUCUCCAAGAGUUGGCGGAUCACACAGUACGAUUCGAGGAAGGUAUGUGUGUUGACGUGGAUCUACUGUUUGGCCAUGUCCGUGCCACCACUGUUUGGCUGGUCACAGUAUGUCCUCGAGGGCUUCCACACAUCCUGUUCCUGGGACUAUGUGACCAGGACACUCUCGAACAGAGCCUACUACCUGUACCUGUUGACCCUCGGCUUCCUGGUGCCUGUGGCCGUCAUCCUGUACUGCUACGCCUUCAUCAUGGCCACCAUCUUGGCACACGGCCGUGGCAUGAGCAGUGCUAAGCCCAAUGAGGAGAUCACCCUUCAGCCAAACGUGGCUUCCAGAGAACACAUUCCAGAGGUGGGUCAUCCUCUGAGCUCUUCCUUCAGAACUGCUGAGAUCAUCCUUGUGUUAGUCAUCCUCUUCCUCGUGUCCUGGACGCCCUACGCCGUCGUUACAUUCAUCGCUCAGUUCGGUGACCCAAGACUCGUCACUCCCUGGGUGGCUGCCCUUCCCGCCAUUUUUGCUAAGGCGUCAGUGGUAUACAACCCUAUCGUGUACGGACUGUCUCAUCCUCACUUCCGGUCUGCAGCACGUCAAAUCUUGCUUCAUCGCCUAUUGGGAAACUCCACUUCUACAAUGGCGCAUUCACAGUUUUCUCUCCGCAGAGUGCGUGUGGAGAGGGCAGCGGCGUCCAGCCCUGGAACUCUGCGGAAACACUCGCAGCACUUCCCGAGGACCAGCAGCAUCGAACCUGAGCGCCAUAGCGAUCCUAGCCCAAGAAUGAAGACCGAGUUAUUACGCCACGCUGACGUGGAGGCGGUCUGGCAGCCUGGACCCGGCAGUGGGCGGGUGCGGUCCUCGCUGAAACGUAGCAAGAGACAUCGCAAACAAAACUACAAUAGCACAGCUAUAACGAGCGAGGCCAUGGAAACAGUAGGAGUUCCCGCGGCACACCCAACCCACGCCAUUCUGGACAAGACCAAGUCGAAAACAAGAAACUGGCUGGACAACGUGAAAAGGUAAAUAGAAACGAUGCAUCGACCUCGUACAAAAUGGGACCUGGCUCGACACAGAUACCCCUUCGUGAUGCGUCGGGGUUUUGGUUAACUUUGUAGAGCGGAAGUAACGAAUGUGUCGGAAAUACAUAAAGUGAUGUGGCGACGGAGACACUCAUUCAUCUCCUGACUUUUUCAGACGAAAAGAAGGAAGACUGGCGUUCCAUCCUGUCGCCUGACACAGUGAAAUUGACGGUAUUUUGCACAUUUUGCAGUCACUGGCAUUUUAGUAAUGCUGAAUAAAACAGCAAAUAAACAUGCAUUACAAUACGUGGGUGCUAGUAGUUUAUUCAUCACAUUUAACUGAGUGUAUAUGAAUGUUACUUUCUAAAUAGAUUAUGUCUUGUUGUACACUGACUCACUGUAGUUUGUGUUUUUGAUGACAGUUUUGUGAUAAGCUUUAACGGGCCUAAAUUGGUUUUAUAAAGUUUAAAUUUUAUGGACGAAAUAUCAUACUUGUACGUUGAUAGCUUCCUUUCGAAACUUUAAUGUUGAUUGACAUGUUCAUACUCCUUUAAUUAUAUGCUAUAGUCGAUUUUUUGUAAAAAGUGUGUAAAGUUAUUGCUUUUGUAAUUUUUACAUUGCAUCUCACUUCACGGUUGAAUUUGAGAGGGUGUAUAUUUUUUGUCAAAAGCAUUUAAAAUUGUUAAUUGUAAACAGAUUUACACUUGUUUCAAAAUGUGUCAAUUUUACCAGUGUUUGAGGUUUAAAUCAAAUACAUUUUGUAACCCUAAA